AUGAGGGGUCGUUCGAACACGGUUCAUCCCACUCAUUCAGGGGCAAGGACGAAUGGCACGGAGGAGAUGAGCGGGCGGUGUGCGCUGGCAGUAUUGGAUGAGAUAGAGGAGUUCAUCGUGUGGCCAACAGUGGCCCAGGGGAAGGCAGGAAUAACAGCAGAAGAAGCAGGAGUGCAUGCGCGUACAAUGCUGCUGACAGGGCCCAACAUGGGGGGAAAGUCCACUCUGCUGCGAGCCACCUGCGUUGCUGUCAUCAUGGCUCAGAUGGGAUGCUACGCGCCCUGCUCCUCCCUCGUUCUGUCCCCUGCUGAUGUCAUAUUCACAAGACUCGGCGCAUCCGAUCGAAUCAUCUCUGGGGAGAGCACGUUCAUGGUGGAGUGCAGGGAGGCAGCAGCAGUGCUGCGGUGUGCCACAAAGGACUCCCUUGUCAUUCUGGACGAGCUGGGCAGGGGCACGUCCACCUUCGAUGGCUACGCCAUCGCACAUGCGGUGUUGAACUACCUCACAUCGCGCCUUGACUGCCGCCUCCUAUUCGCCACGCACUACCAUCCCCUUACCUCCGAGUUUGCGGGCCAUCCGCAAAUUGCGCUGCGACACAUGGCAUGUCAAGUACAAGCACGCAAGGGCGGCGACGGGGAAGAGGACGAGGAGCUUGUCUUUUUGUACAAGUUGCAAUCCGGUGCCUGCCCGAAAAGCUAUGGGCUAAAAGUAGCGUCUAUGGCUGGGAUUCCGUCUCGCGUGGUGGCGAAUGCAGCACGGGCAGCUUCGGCUCUUGAGCAUGAGCUGAGCGAUAAGUUUGACAAUCCUGAGCCGCUUGCAGCAAGUACGUUGCUUGAUCUGGAGCGGUCAUGGGUGCAAACGCUGCAAGGUGUUGCGCCAUUUGGUGCUUCUGGUGGCAAAGUUGCUGAUGAAGAUGUGGAGGAUAUGUUUGAGACUCUGUAUUGCAUCUGGCACGAGGCCAUGGAUUUCUUAGGGAUCCUCCGCGACAACUACUGGCUUCUCGUCGGUUAUGCCGAACCUGAGUCGUUUGAGUGGAAUUUCCGGACCUACGCAUCCGUAGUCCUGGUAGCUUUGUGCGCAUCUCUUGCUAAUUCAGCUGGCGUGGGAGGAGGGCCUUUCUACAUGCCGCUGUUCCACUCGGUUCUCAAAUUCAAUCUUGUCAAGUCCACCGCCCUUUCACAUACCGUCGUGACAUCAAGUGCAAUUGCUAGCACUCUCUAUGGACUAUGGGAGUCGAGUCCUGAAGUUCCGUCCAUGCCUCUGGUUGACUUGAGACUUGCACUGGCAUUGCUCCCGUCUCUCCUUUUUGGAGUUGGAAUUGGAGUUUUAAUCAGCCCAACUCUUCCUCACUGGAUUCAGCUACUCGGGUUACUGAUUUUGCUUCUUUUCGUUGUACAUAAGACGUAUGCACGAGCACGAAUGUCAUGGAAGAAAGAGUCCGAAAGAAGGAGGGUUGCACAUACUGCUGCUGCCGAGGGACUCCUUCCUGUGUCAUUUGUGAACCCAGACGAAUCGAGCCAGCAGCAAAUUACGUUUGACGUUUCAGAAUUAUGUGAGGGAGCGGAUUUCAUUUCAGUGGCUGGGUGUGAGAUUUCGCAGUUCUUCAACCGCCGCUGGAAGUGGAUGCAGCAUUAUUUGAACGAAUCAGGAAAUCAGCUUCUUUCGCACAUCCACCAGGUGGCAAUUCCAUUUCUCUACACCCUCGUCCUUUGGUCCCUUUUCAUGGCUCUUCAGUGGGGCCUUAGACAAGCUGGCCGCUGUUCCUCGACCUUUUUCCAGCUGUGGGGGUUGCAGCUGUUUGUCUGCAUUGCUGCUGCAGUUAGCACCGUCCAAGGACAGCUGCGCAUGCACCCUUCAACAUGCAGGCCUACGUCUCUGAGCCCAAACCUUGUUCGACUUUUUUCAUCAGGCUCCCGCAUUUCCCGCUUUUUGAAGAUCUCAGUGAUCAUGGCAUGUGCUGGAGCUAUGGCUGGGAUGGUGGGCAUUGGAGGAGCACUUAUUUUCAACCCAUAUCUCCUUAGUCUCAGCCUUCACCCGCAGGUGUUGACAAUGUUAGGCAAUACCAAUUUGAUUUAUAUGGGCCUGACAGUGGGUCUGUUGGCAUUGCAGAUCUUGGCCUCGACAAGUGUUUUCAUGAUCCUUUUCAGCAGCAGUGCCAUCAGCAUCUCGUUCUUCUUCCAUGGUUUUCUGAACACUAGCUAUGCAGCUGUGUUUGCUCCUGUGGCAUUCCUUGGGUCGCUGGUUGGAGUCUUCGUUGUUGGGAAAAUCGUGAGAAACACAGGUCGUUCAUCCAUUGUUAUCUUCAUUCUGGCCAUCUUGAUUGGUCUAGGAGGAGUUUUGCGCCUUCGCGGCGUGCGGCAGCGCUCGUGGGGCAAGUGGGUGUGCGAGAUCCGCGAGCCGCGCACGCGUGCGCGCGUGUGGCUGGGAUCGUACAGCACCGCGGAGGAAGCCGCGCGCGUUUACGACACCGCCGCGCUCAUGCUGCACGGCGCGAGCGGCGCAGAGCGCCGACUCAACUUCCCCGAGGCUCUUCAAGCGGACGGGGGAAUCCGCCCCGUUAUAGUGUCGCGCACUAUAGCGGAAGGACUGCUCCGCGUCGUCAACUCUCUGACUCUUUCGCAGCAGUCGCCAUCCCAACAAAAAGAUUCGAGCAAUCCAUCCUGUACUAGUGACAUGAUUGUCGAUGCCUCGGACGCUGCCGGGGGGGGCAAGGCCAGACGCCCUACCGGUGCUACCGCAUCUGUCCCCACGGUUCACGCUAGCCCCACCUUUACCGGCGAGUGGGUGCGGCUCGAGGUUACCGGUUCCAACGUCGUCUUCUCCGAUUGCGCACACCCCGAGAUCACCACCGCCGCGAUUCCCGCCGCCGCCGGUCGCGGCGGCGUUUUUCCAGGCGCGUCGUCCGUCAAAUCUCCGACGGCGAACGGCCAGAUCUCGCCGAAACGCGCCGCCGCCGCUGCAAAUGCCGCCGCCGCCGCCGGUCCAAGCGCCGCCGCUGGCGCGUCUGGCGUUGCGUCAGCAGCCGCGUCGCAAGUUGCGCCCGAGAUGGAUUUCGUCAGCAGCCGCGUCGCGGCGCCUGCAGGCUCCUUCUCCGCCGCCCUCUCGCUCUUCUCCGACGCGCCUCCCACCUUUUCCGCCGGUCCCCCCAUAAUCGUUCCCUCCCGCCGUUCCUCCGCCCUAUCUCUCCCCGGAAGCCCUCUGAGCGGUUUAGGACACAGCCCGACGCGCUUCCGCUCACCUUCCCGCUCGCCGCUGCACUCCCCGCGGUUCCCCCCAGGCCCGUCGUUUGGCGGCUCCCGCGCCUUCCCCGCAACCACCGCGCCUUCCUCCCCGCGCGCGAUUAGUGUCUCUGCAAUGCCCGCAAUGUCCCAGUCCGCGGCUUCCGCCGCUCCCGCCGUUUCCGCCGCUUACGCCAGCGGAGCAGAGCUUUCGCGCGCGCUGCUCGCUCAUCCCACCUUCGCGCACCUCUGCGCGCCUUCCUCACAGCCCACCACCGAGACCCUUUCUGCGAAUCAUAUCCCGGUUUCCACUGUUAAUUCCGCCAUAGACUUUCCUCCUCCUGCUGCCAUAGCUGCUUGCAUCUCUGCUUCACCCGCUGUUGCUCUUGCUGCUCCUCCCAGUGCUCCCAGCAACAACUGCUCAGUUCAAAUUUCCGACAGUGAUUUCACAAAGUCCUCUUUCGCUCCGUUUCUCACUGAGCUGGGACAGGAGGACAGCGAUUUUGUUAACAGCAGAUCUAGUAACGCGGAUAGCAGCAGCAUGGACACGUCAUAUCCUACCGCUAAGGGGGGGCCCUUACCCUUGCAGCAUCCACCAAGCGUCUCCCCCCAGCCUCCUCUUGACCUGCCCAGUUUCUCCUCUCAACCGCUUCUCAACUUGCCCAGCUUUUCCAAGCCAGCGCCGGACCAAACGGGCUCUCUGCCUCGACUGCCGAGCCUGCCGGGGGAAUUUCCGUCGCUGCCGAGUUUAGACUGGAAGGAGAUUGAGGAGUGCUUGGGGAAGCCAGAGGAAUCAGUGCUCACUAGCUGA